AUGCAGACGAUCCUAUUGACUAAACUGAAAGAAUUACGUCACCAGUUUCCUGAAGAUGGUUCACAAUCAAUUCAUGUCCUAGCUGAUGUUUUUGAUAAUGCCAACGGUCAAUUCAAAUUAAGUUUACAACAGGAAAGCAAAGAUCAUGCGGGCGAACGCAUUAUACUUAUUCCAUAUAAUUUGAAAAAUUCACAUUGGGUUGGAAUUUUAAUAGAAUUUCAAUCAGACGAACAGAUUAAACGAGCCGAAUAUAUUGAUCCGGUGAAUGGGAUUGACGAUGUUCCCGAUGGAUUACGAAAGCAAUUCACUGAAGUUUAUCCGUAUGACAUGUUACAAGUCAAAAAGCAUAUUACACUAGAUGGAACCCCCAAAAAUCCCCAACUGAAUCGCAUCAGUAGUAGUGCAUUGAAUAAAUCAGAAACACGUUAUAUUACGCCUGUUACAGUGCCAUUGAAAGAUAUUCCUGGUGCAUAUGAGAAUGACGCUAUCACUCUGUGUGAUGCACCAGGUUUUAGUGAUACGGCAGGUCCAGAAGUAGAUAUUGCAAAUUCUCUAGGAGUUAUUGAAGCUCUCAAAGGAACUGAGAGUGUCAAAUUACUUGCUUUGUCAAGUUAUAAAAGCUUAGGUGACAGAGGACAAGGUAUUCAGAAAUUGGCAGAGAUAUUAAUCCAUAUGGUGCGUGGAAUAGACAAUAAACUUACAGCUAUAGUUUAUGCAUUUACAAAAUAUCCUCCAGAAACGGACAUUAAUGCUUUGUUAAUAGAUAUAAAACGAUCAAAAGUAGAUACAAAUUCUUCUUUACGAUCAAAUAGUGCUUUUAUGGCGGUACUAAUAGACAUGAUCGAAAAAACUGAACAUGGCGCUUUUAAAAUUAAUCCCAUUAAAGGUAAUCCGAAAGAAUUAAUCCGACAGUUAAGACGUAUAAAAGGUAUUCAGGAUUCAAAAGACGUUUUUCACUUUUCUAUGACUGAAGAAACUCGAGCAACUAUUGACAAACAUGAUUUGAUUAAAAAAUAUGACAUUCCAGAAGCUUAUGAACAAUCGAUAAGUUCUAUCAGCGAAAGUAUUAGUCGAUAUUGUGCAGAAGAAAAAGAAAAAUUUAAUCGUGUCAUGAUCAGUCGUGAUGGACUAAAAGAAGGUGACAUUCGAGAUUAUCAAGCUUGUGUUGAAUAUCUUCAACAAAUUCAACUUACAAAAGAACAUUUAGGACCAUCUUUAGCAUUACCUGAAAUAUUGAUGCAAAACAUCACUUUUCACCUCGAAGAAAGAAGGCGUACUUUGCAAGAAGAAGAUUUAGACAGUCCUUUAAUUGAAAUAUAUUUAGAUAAUUUUCGAAAUGAUAAUCAUGCUUUAGAAAGCAUAGAGAAAUUAGUCGAAGAUAUGAAUGUUAUUCGUACUAUUCCAGAAGUUGAAUCAAAGACUGCUAGAACAUAUUAUAGUACCGUUGAAAACAUACGCAGUUAUAUGGAUCAACUACGAAGAGAUGCAGCAGAGCAAUUACUUGAUACUAUUCAUCAGCAAUCGGAAAGCAUAAAUUAUAAACAGCUCAUAAGAUCCUUAGCACAUUUGAAGAAUGCACAAUGGAUCAAUAGUGUUAGUCCAGGAACAUAUGAUACAUCAAUGAAUCAGCUUACAGAACAAGUAAUAGAAUAUGCUGAACAAUUGCAGGGUCAUAUAAAAAAACUUGAUUUAAGUUUGAAAUGUCCUGAUAAUGUUUGUAUAGCACAUCAAAUGAUGGAAAAAAUUGAAUCUAUGAAAACCUUGGAACACGAUUUUCCACAACUAGAAAAUUAUAGGGAAACUAUAUUCCGACAUUUCUUACAAUGUAUACAAGUUGUUUUUGAUAGUAUUGAAAAGGAUUUUAAUUUUUCAGAUCAAAUAGCUAGCGAAGAAGAUGAGAAAUUGAAACAAAUUGAAGAAUCAAAAAGCUUAUCGGAAUCGAGUUAUCCGAUCGCACAACCAAAAACUACGCGAGAAACAGAACUAGAACGAAUAAGAGCUGAGAAACAUGAGCUGAAUACUCAACUAAUGCGUCUAAAGUCACAUGUUGAAGCAUAUGAAAAAAUAUUAUCUUCAGAGGAAGACGCUGAUAGUUUUUUUGAAGCUGAGCGAGGUAUGGAUGUUCUCAGUCGUGUAGAACGCGAGUUAACAGGCUAUUGUUCAUCGGAAGAUGUGACUAAAAAAAUUAAAGCACUGAGUGAAAGAUUGGCUAAUAUAGAUACUGAAAUUUCAAAACAAUACAAUUUUACUGAUGUUCAUAAUUACUCUAUCAAUCCACCUAAGUAUAUUUUAGCUAAGUUGAAGAUGGCUGCCUCGCAGUGUGGUGCAAACUAUAGUAAAGCUUAUACAAGAAUGUUUGAAACCAUUAGACAAAAUUUUACGUCAGCUAUAGAAAAUGCGCGUGAUACUCCUUUGGGUGAACGAGCUGUAAAAAUACAUUCAUUAAGUUAUGCAUUACAGUUUUUACCAGAAGAAUUUCAAAAUUCAUUCAAAUUAAAUGUCGAUGACUUGAAAAAUAUAUCGUCGUUUGAACAAACAGAUUUCGUCGAAAAAGCUUUUUAUGAAAUUCAUGUUUAUCUCGAUUUUUCUGUUACAUUUGAUCCAACAGUCGAAGUAUUAUUUUCUGAAAAUAUUUUGAAAAAUGCUACAGAAGGUUUUAAGAAAAUGUUUCAAUAUUUAAGUGAUAAUUCUAAACAAUUUCAAGUUGCUGUCAAUGAAAUAAAUAUUUUUAAAUUACAUACAGCUAUGAUAAUAUCGAAGAAAUGGGAUCGAUUUUUACUGACAAUUAAUAAAUCUAAAUCAAAACAUAAUUUAGUACAAAAAUUGUUGCAAGCAAUAAAAAAGAUCAUUCUAUAUGCAGACAUGAUUUCUGAACUUGAAAAUCUGAUAAAUCGUUUAAAUAUUCAAUUAAAUGUUGAACUUAUUAAUGAUGAUACAACAAAAUUUGAAGUAAAACGUGAUGAACUGUUUAGUAAUAUUAAGACGACGAUGAGUACAUUAAAAGCAAUAAAUUCUAAAUUUAAAGAUAUUUUACCAUCGACAUCAGACGCAAAUAAAUUAGAAGAAAAUCUUAAAACAAAGAUUGAAAGAAUCAUUAGUGAACUUCUUGCUCGAGCAUCAAAAAAAGAACUUUCUAUUAAAGAUGCAGAUGAUUUUCGUAUGUAUUAUAAUCAUCUUUUAUCAUUCGACAAAAAUGUAAAUCUUUCAGGAAUCAAUAUUCGAACAGUUUUAGACUUCGCAGAAAAAGAAAUUUUAGAUAAAGUAAUUUCUUUACGUAAGCAAAUAACAUCUAUUAGUGUAUCUAUUGAAGAAAUUUCUCAAAUAUUAAUUAAAAUGAAAUUUCUUGCUGAAAAUCUAUCGAUGUUUGAUAGUAAAAUUAAUGCAGAAAUAGAUGAAGCACUAAAAAUCUACAAAGAAAACCAGGGUAUGGUAGGUAUCAUGCAAGUGAUUGUAGAAUUACAAAAAUUAGAUCCAGAUACUAGAUUAAUUAGUGAACAUUCGUGUUUAACCGGAGAAGGUUGGCGAAGACGACGUGCGAAAAUGCAAAAACAGGAUGAUAUCGAAUAUGUCCUAAAUGAAUUAACUGGAGAUGAUAUUUCUAAGGAAGUUUUGCGUUCACGUUAUCAGAUCUUUAGAAAAAAAUUUGAUGAAUUGGUGUCUAAUAGACUAAAAUCAUUUGAUCCAAAUGCUAAUAAAGAGCCAGAUAUAGCCAUGUUAGUUAUGCAAAUCAAACAUAUUGCUGGGACAGUCACUCAUAUAUCUAAAUCUGUUACUUGGGAUUAUGCGUUUACACAACAGAUUCCUGAGCUUUUAGCGUAUAUUUUCGCCGUGUGGACUUUAAAAAAUACUCAACAUUAUAAUACAUUGCGGGGUAUCGAAGCAGCGCAAACUUAUUUAUUGAUACCACAUGUUGGACAGGUCGUUACUGUUUUUCGUCUUUUAGGAAUUGGUUAUGAGUCUCAUAGAGUAAUUGGCUCUUGUAGUUUGAUUAACAAUUUAGUACAGAUAGGCACAGGUGAAGGUAAAUCAGUUGUAUUGGCAAUAACUGCUUGUGUUUUUGCUCUAAUUGGAGUAGAUGUGAAUUGCUCAUGUUAUAGCGAAGUUUUAAGUACGCGAGAUAAGCAAGAUUUUGCAUCAGUUUUCCAAGCACUGGGAAUAGAAGAUCGCAUUGAAUACAGUACAUUUAAUAAAUUAUGUGAGCAAUUUUUAAAUGAACAGUGCAAUAUACGAGAAAAAGUGAGUAAUAUGAUUGUAAAUAAUAAUAUUGCCCUUACUACAGUUGAUACACGAAUACGAAUACGUCCAAAAGUAUUAUUAAUUGAUGAAGUAGAUGUUUUUUUGAGUGAUGAAUUCUAUGGUGGAAUGUAUACACCGACAGUGUAUUUAAAAAAUCCUUCAAUAAAGACAUUGUUGGAUUCAAUCUGGCACGCUAAGCCAUUAAAAACAUUAAAUAGCGUGAAAGCUCUACCAGCAUAUAAAACUUGUGCUACUCAGUUUAGUAAUUGGAUUUCUCUCUUUGAUGAAGCAAUACAAGACAUGUUAGGUGCUCUAAAAUCGUUUGAGUGCUCAACAUAUGUUGUACAGGACGAUAAGAUUGCUUAUGUCGAAGGUGAAUCUAUAGUAGACAAUGUAGUACGUGGUUAUGAUACCGUUUGGGCAUAUUAUUUUGAAAACGAAAAAGGUAAAAUUAGUAAAAUUAGUCUAGAAACGAAUGUUGGUAUUAUUAUAAACUGUGGAACAUUCUCUUAUGCUGAAAUGCCUCAUGAUUUUGCUUAUAUCGCGGGGGUCACUGGUACCUUAAAAACACUAGCUAAGCCAGAGACGCGUAUACUAAAAAAUGUGUAUAACAUAUGUAAAAAUACUUAUAUGCCAUCUGUAUUUGGAAAAAGUAACCGUACUUAUAAUGAUACCACUGAUGUACAAGUGGUGGGGAAGUCGGAAUAUUUCAAUAGAAUUCUUAUAGAAAUUAACGUUAUGUGUAAGGCUGAUCGUGCAAUUCUUAUAUUUUUCGAAUCGGAAGAAAAAUUAAUGACAUUUUUUAAUUCUCCUGAAUUAUCUUCAAUAAAAGAAAAUGUACAAAUAAUAACGGAAACAGUAUCUGUUAAAGAGAGAGAGUUACACAUCAAACGUGCAUCGACAAUUGGUAAAGUUACAUUAUUCACACGAAUAUUUGGACGAGGAACUGACUUUAUAUGCAAUAAUCCAAGACUCUUAGCUAAUGGAGGUAUUCAUGUGCUCCAAACAUUUUUUUCGAAAGAAUUAUCGGAAGAAUAUCAAAUAAUGGGAAGAGCAGCACGACACGGAGAUCAAGGUUCAUACAGAAUGAUUUUGUUAGACAACGAUUUAGAAUGGGUCCUAGGUUCUACUUGGAAAGAGAAGCUUUCAAAAAUUUCUGAUGCUAAACUUUAUGAAGCUAUUAAUAACAGUCGUACUAUGCUCUAUGAAAGUAAAUGUGAUGCAAAAAAUCUUGGUAUUGAACAACGUAAGCGUGACCACAAAGAUUCUAAAGAUUUUAUGAACGCUUUAUCCACAGGAGAUAUGGAAUCUGUAAAAAAGUUUUUGACCAAUCAAAAUAGAGGAGUAAAUAUAGCUAAAGAUCCUUCACGUACAGUUUUACUGAUGGAUGCGACAGGUUCUAUGUCUAAUUUGUUAUCUGCUGCCAAAGAAACUGUUUGUACAAUGUUUGAGCGUGCUUCAACUAUUUUGAUGGAGAAAGGAUUGCCUAGUGAUGCAUUUCAAAUGCAGUUUACAGUUUAUAGAGAUUAUGAUUGUAAGGAAGAUGGAAUUCUGCAAAGCUCUUCUUGGGAAACGAAGCCCCACAAUUUGAGAUCUUUCAUGACAGGAAUUUCAGCCAGGGGUGGUGGUGAUUUUGAAGAAGCAAUUGAAAUCGGAUUGUGGCAUGCAGUUAAAGAAAGUGACACGCCAGAAUCAAUCUCUCAAGUAAUUUUAGUAGGUGAUGCACCAGCAAAAGAUAGAGCGGCAAUUGACAGAGAUCGAGGAGCGAAUGGCGGUGAAUCAUAUUGGAAUCGAACUAAAUUUAAAAAGCCAACACAUUUUACCCUCGAGCUACAAAAUUUGAAAAAUAAGAACAUUCCUGUUCACGCAUUUUAUCUUGUCGAUAGUGCACGGAAUAAUUUUCAAAGAAUUGCGCUUGAGACUGGAGGACGUUGUGAGCAGCUAAAUAUCUGUUCUCCUGGUGGUGCUGAGUUGCUAACGAACGUUGUAACAGAAGAAGUUCUUAGAAAAGCAGCUGGCGACAAAGGAGAUGCCGCAGUCGAACUCUAUAGAGAUAAAUAUGUGAGAAAAGGUUUUACAUCUUAA